UCGUGGGAUGUGUGGGCAGCUGGACAGACGCCGGGUGUGCAGGGUGACUGGCGGGUGAGCGCCUGUGACUUGGCCUAGAGGCCCAUUUCCGAAGUAGGCUCCCCCCGCAGAUCGUGUGCCCGUGACGUCACUCCAUUCACAAGAAAUAUAAGGCAGUGAGCAGCGAGCAGAGGCAGUGACAGCUCCGGAGAGCAGCCCGAGCGGACAGUACAGACGUCAGUGACCGCAGCCAUGUACCACGGAUUCCCCAGCAACGCCGACUACGAGGCGGCCUCAUCCCGCUGCAGCAGCGCCUCUCCCGCCGGAGACAGCCUCACCUAUUACCCGUCCCCGGCCGCCUCCUUCUCAAGCCUCGGCUCCCCGCUCACCCCUACGGAGCUCAGUGCAGAUUCAAGCAGCAGCUUUGUCCCCACCGUCACAGCCAUCUCCACGUCUCCAGACCUGCAGUGGUUGGUGCAACCCACCCUCAUCUCCUCUGUGGCACCAUCACAGUCCAGAGCUCACCCGUAUGGGGCGGCUCCAGCCUUCAGCCGCUCUGGUGUCAUCAAGGGGUCAUCAGGAAGAGGCCAUUGCCCGGGCAGGAGAGGGAAAGCAGAGCAGCUGUCUCCCGAGGAGGAGGAAAAAAGGAGAGUCAGGCGUGAAAGAAACAAAAUGGCGGCAGCCAAAUGCCGGAACCGGCGGCGUGAGCUGACUGACACCCUCCAAGCUGAGACGGACGAGCUGGAGGAUGAGAAAUCUGCCCUGCAGUCCGAGAUCGCCGUCCUGCUGAAGGAGAAGGAGAAGCUGGAGUUCAUCCUGGCGGCCCAUAAGCCGGCCUGCAAGAUUCCACAUGACCUGGAGGGGGCGUUCCAGGAGCUGACCUCUUCCCUGGACCUGAUCUCUGACGUCACUUGUGCUUCCAACUCUCAUGAGCCCCUCUUUCCUGUCGGCAUCUCCCAGUCUUCCGUCCCGGAGAAGGAGAUACCACUAGACCUCAAAUCCGAGCCCCUGGACGACUUCCUCUUCAGCUCUCCUGGUGCAGGAGCCUCUGACGCCGCCCGCUCGGUGCCAGACGUGGACCUGUCCAGCACCCUGUACUCGUCCGAUUGGGAGCCCCUCUACAGCACCCUGUCGGCAGAAGUGGAGCCCCUGUGCACGCCCGUCGUUACCUGCACGCCAACAUGCACCACCUACACCACCUCAUUUGUCUUCACCUACCCCGAUUCCGACUCUUUUCCUAACUGCGGAGCCGCCCAUCGCAGAGGAAGCAGCAGCAACGAGCAGUCGUCGGACUCCCUCAACUCUCCCACUUUACUGGCCUUGUAACUCCCAGGGUGGCGGACAGAAUCUGGGACUGUGCCCUCAGGCAAUAAGGGUUUACCUCCUGGUGUUGAGUGACUGCCUCCUCGCUGCUAUACGUGUGCCCGUCUAGUCAUCUCCAGCAGAUCACACUGUCGGCGCUAGAGCAAGGGUUGCCGAUCGGACGCUUGCGCAGUGGCCCUGGCUGCCUCUUCUGAUGUAGCACUGUCACGGAGCACCUCACUCCUGUCCACAUGUAGCAUGAUGUAUGCUGUGACGGUAAUAGUCUCCUCUUCCGAGGCCGGUGCUGCUGGUUCAGGGUCUUGUCCAGCUGGCGAUGGGCUGCCACGAUAUGUCUCUCUAUAUUAACCCCUCCAUGCCGGACACAUGGUGAACGUGCUGUAUCUUCCGUUGACUGUAAUGCUGUCUUGCUGUCUUUCCAAGUUUUCCAUGAAAACGUUUUAUUUUCCGUAGACAGUUUUUGGUUAAUUUAUUCUGGAUUUGAGAAUAUUUAUUUUUUUAUUUUCUACUCCUGCGGACAGAGGAACGCCUCGGGCAUUUGUUUGCUUCUUGUCCACGACAUUGAGAAUAAAAUGUAUUUGCAUUUGCUG